AUGUUGAAAGAGUUCCAUGAUGUGCAUAAAAAGGUUCCUCGAAUGGUUGUUCGUAGUAGUGAUUCUCGGUGGAAACCUCCGGCCUUUGGUAUGUAUAAAAUCAACUUUGAUGGUGCUUUAUUUGAGGAGCAAACUUGUGCAAGUCUAAGAGUGGUUAUCAGGGAUUCGACGGGAUUGGUCAUUGGUGCUUUGAGCCAAAAAAUUAGGCACCCAGGUUCUAUGGACAUGGUGGAGGCUCUAGCUGCUAGUAGAGCCAUUGUUUUUGACAAGGAGCUUUGUCUUCAGUCUAUAGUGGUGGAGGGUGAUUCCUUACGGGUUAUCCAAGCUAUAGUUGCCGCUAGGCCUUCGAGGACUAUGUUUGGUCAUGUUAUUGCUGAAAUUCAUAGUUUAGUUUCUAAUGUUGAUUGUAGUUUUUGUCAUGUUAAGAGAGAGGGGAAUAAACUUGCUCAUGCCCUCGCUCAUAGAGCAAUUGCAUCUGCUGAUUUUGAUAUGUGGUUAAAAGAUUUACCACGUGAUUUGGAGGAUGUUUUUUAG